AUGAAAAAUGUUGAUUUAAUUGUUUUACGCGCAAUCACAACUCAACAAAAACGUUUGAGUUUAAGUAAUAAAAAACUUUAUCAUUUACCAUACAACAUUGAAUUUCUUAACUGGCUUGUAAUAUUAGAUCUACGUUCAAAUAAUUUAUCUGAUCUGCCAAUUCUACCAAAACAUCUACAAUCGAUUAAUUUAGGUCACAACUGGUUUACAACAAUACCUAAUUCUGUAUUUGAAUUGACGUCACUCAAAUCAAUCAGUAUGUAUAGCAAUCAACUUCAAUCUAUUCCAAGUACAAUUUUCGAGUCAAUGUGUUCAAUGCUCAACAAAUUAGAAUAUUUAAAUCUAGGUUAUAAUCAUAUUUUGACAUUGCCAUUUAAUUUUGGUCUACUACAAAAUAUGAAAACACUUCUUUUACAUAAGAACUUUUUAACACGAUUACCUGAGACAUUCGGGCAACUGAAAUCACUAACAGUUUUAGACUUAGCUGGUAAUAACUUACAACUUUUACCAUCCAACUUUACACAGUUGAAAUUAAAAGAAUUCUACGCUGAAGCUAAUCCAUUCACACGAAACGAUUUAUUUACUUCAACGUAUAAAGAAAAUGUUUUAACAUUGAAAGAAAUUGUCUUACGAAAAUUAUCCCAUUUAGGAUUUAUUGAUAUUGGUGUUAGCAAUCCUUGGUUAGAAAGUAUUAUAGGAUCAAAACAAUGGCAAACAGCUGGAUUUUGUGCUCUAUGUAAAAACCCAUUUGUAACUUGGUGGUUAGAAAGUGUCCGAUUUGCCAAUCGUAAAGAAUUAAUUAUCUCUAAAAAAUCUCAGUUGAACAAAGCAUCUCCAGAAGUAUUAUAUCCGUUAAGGACUUUAUUUUGCAGUUAUCACUGCUUAAAUUCAAGCGGAAAUUGUUACGAAUUAAGUGUUGGUUAAUGUUUUGUCGUAACGAAUUUACUCCUAGUGAUGACGAAGAAAAUUUCAAGCUCAGAAGGAAGAUUUAGAGUGAUGUGUACAAUUGAACUGGAUGCUUUAUUCAUCAUUAAAUUCUUCUAUAAUGUGUAACUUGUUUCAAAAGUAUGUGCUGAUGUUAUU